ACGUAUUGAAGGUUUUGUGCACUACAAAAUAAAAGCAUCUCUCUUCUUCAAUUCCAUUCCACUCUUUCAUACACUUUUGUUUUAGCGCCUAAUUGCUAUACCGUUCCAUGUCUUACAUUCCCCCACACAAGCGGCAGUCGAAGGACCCUGAUAGGCCCUCACCAAUACCAGAAUCCCUUCCUCGUGAAUUCAGGAGAAAUCUUGAUACGAGUUCAUCCAAAUCUAAUCAAGGAAGAAGCUUUAAGAUUGUCUAUGCAGGCCGGGCUGUAACCUUAUGGUUUGCAGUUGGUUUGGAUGACAACAACCAAUUUCCAUCUUCCGUACAUCUCGAGCCAGUUCCCAUGGAGUUUAUUGAGAGAAAAUUCGGGGGAAAACCCCUUGCUUUGGCGAACCGAAAUCCAGUUGAGAGUGCGCAAGUGGGAGGAAGUUGUAUGAGGAAGCCAUGGGAGUCUAUUGCAGAAAAUGUCCUGCCGAACCUGCUUUCCUCUUUUGAGAAUUUGCGGAAUGAAGUGGUUUGCCAAAAGUUGGAAAGCGUCAAGCCAACGCUGGUUGCUAGAUUUGGGAAAAUUCUUUUUCAUGGAAGCCCUUCAAUCAGCCAGGAAACUACCACAAUGGAUUUGGCUGGAGAAACCACAUUGAGAAAAUUGAAAAGAUCAUUUUACACAAGUGUUCCUAAUUCAUUCGCGGAAAACAUCAUGGGGGAAGUUGGCAGAAAGAUUGAAGUUGACUUUGAAGAAGAGAAAGAUUUAUACCAUGUGAAGUUGUCUGAUGCCACACAACCGGAUUCAACUCUUUCUUGCAAAUGUAGUGUGAUGAAAGAACAUAAAAAGCUUCAGCUUUAUAAGGUUGAACUAAACCCGGUGCGUCACAUGGUUGUGGACACAUCGUGCCUUGAUAAAAGUUUAGACCUAAGGCUGAUGCUAUACACCAAGGGCAUCUUAACAGCUCUCACUGAUGAAGAGAUGGAAAGCAUUAGAAAUCUGAUUAAUUCUGCAGUUUUAGAUCCAGAUGUGAAGGGUGGGUUGAGAUGGCCCCUGGGUUUUGCGUCUUCUGGAAAUAGAUUUUCUGUGGUUGGGGUUUGGCACACAAUAGCAAAAGCCUAUAAAAGUCCAUCAAGGAGGCUGAAGGUGAGACAUGCUGAUAGAUUUGAUUUUAGAACUUCAACUGGGGAAGCUUCAAGGGAGAUAAGUUUGAAGGUUAAAAACAUCGUCUCAUUAUUACAGGAAGAGACAGUGGAGAUUAGUUCGGUUUCGGAUAUGCUUAAAGACACCCUAAGGUUGAUAUGGGAUCUCAUGCUGUGAAGGCUUUCUAACAUGAAAUAGCACGUUGCAGGCUGCCCGUCCUCUCCCUAUGUUUUUUUGUGCUUUUUUUUUUUUUUGGUGUUUUUUGUUUUUUUUUUUUUUUUUUUUUGUUUUGUUUUGGUUUUUGUGUUUUUGUGUUUUUUUGUUUUUUUUUCAGUGUUAAUAGUGUAUAUGCUUACAUUUUAUGGCCAAAACAUUUAGUUGUACGUUUGACUCUAUUUCUCUUAUUGAUUGGUCACCUUUUAGAUA